GGCAUUUAAUCUCCUCUUUCGAACUUUGCCCUUAUCUUUACAUGUCUCAACCACCCACUACCUUUUCUCUCUGCCAUUAUCGUCUCUUUCUACCAUUAUAGUAGACCAUAGGAUUUUCUCUCACCCCAGCCGCAAAGUCCGUUUCCAGAUCCGACCACUAAAAAAUUGUGGGAAGACGAUUCUUUUUUUGCACUAAAUCAUCGGCGCCUGCUUUUAUCUCCACGCAGCAGGACCUGUCGAUGAGCAAGACCAUACCGAUAUUUUGCAGUCGUCGAACCUGUCCGUCCAUUCAAUAUCAUGCUCAAGCCAUGGCUUCAUAUUUUCCCACGAUGGGUGAAAACAUACCUUUGUCCACCUUCAACCCUCUUCCAAGCAAGAACCAAGCAUUGGGCAGGAAAAACGCCGUGUGGACUCCACAAGAUAACCAGAUUUUCAUCAUCGCCUACGAGACAGUAAUAGCUGACGAUCACCGUAACAGAAAACGCUUCACUAGACACGGAUGGAAUCAACUCAUCCAGUUGUUAACUUUAACUCCAGGCAUGAUUGGACGAAGCAGCAACUCAAGAAUCAUUGGGAUGCUCAUCGGCAAAAGUAUAAACGACUGCAGGAGUUGGUGAACUGCACUGGUGUUGAAUAAAUCUCUACCAAGGGAACAAUAACUACCUCGAAAGAGUGGUGGGAGUGAAAGGUUAAGGUAUAUUGCUUCCUGCCGCCAUCCUUUUUCUAUUACACGAUGGUUAUAUAAAAAUUGCAUUCCCAUAACCAAUAACAAGAACGAGUAUUCAAUGCCUUACUAUAAUCUAGUAAAAUACGACCCCUGCUUGUCAUGGUCAUUUAUCUAUAAAACCACAUAAUUGCAAAAGAGAUAGGAAAUCAUUUAUUGACAUUGCUGGUGUAACGAAUAGUGUAUGAUGGUGAAUAACAAGACAUCACUCCAGAUUGGUCUGUAUAUGAUGGUGUAACGGAUAUGGCUGCAGUUUGCGUUUGCAAUCAUUUAUUGUUCGAUCCAUUUCAUGUAGUUCUUAAUUACGUUACAAUAAUUUUUUGCACUACUAUGGACCUUGUAUUCAAGAUUUUAGUAUUGUUAUAACUAGUAACGCCUUAAGUGAUGCCCAAAUGCUCAUUUUUGCCUGAUUCGAAUCUAGCCACUAGAAUUGAGAAGAAGCGAACAUAGGUCUUUUAAACUCUAUCUAGUGUUGUAAUCACUGAGUUAUAUAGUUUGCCCGUACAUUCUUCAAGCAACGAGAACACACUACUUCAAAGAUAUUUCAAAAUAGCAUAGUUACAUUCCAGUGGACACCACUCUGCAUUCAAGUUUGGAUGCCAACUUACGAUUUUAUGGCAUCUUCUCUUUAACCUUGGGUUACAUGUGAAAAGUUCAAAAUUUUGUUGUUCAUUAACGAUAGUCUUUUCUUCAAAACGUUGUCCUCGGUGCUUUGUACAUUUUUUACGUUAGAGUUCAUUCACUGUGUUUUGGACAAGUGAACAAGGACUACAAAGAAUCCAGAGACAAAGGCUACAGAGAGAUAUACAGCUAUAAGGUACUGUUUGGGGACGCCUUCGACAGCGACAAGUACGCAAUCACAUCAACAAAGCUAUGUAGAAAGGAUUCGCCAUGUUCGAAGAUAGUGGAUACGAAGACAUGUAAGACGUUCAUCCGAUCGACGAUGAGGGCAACGGGUCAAAUGAUGAGGGUGAGAGAGCAGAUACAGAUAUGUCCUGUCUAGGCUGUGAAAGGGAGACAAAGGGAGGUUUGGCAGGGACAAUGAAAAAGAGAAGAGAUCCAAAAUAUCAGCUCAGGAAUUAUCAUUUUCUGUUGACCGCAAAACCUCUUCUAGUGAUUGAGUAGCUGCCAAAAUCAACAAUUCUAUUAGUCUUAAAGUACCUGAUGCUAAGACAUGCAUGAAAGAGUUGUAGGUGACGACAGAUUACAGAAAAACAGACUUAUACUUCUGGAUGUGCUCAUUUCUGUCCUAAGAAAAAAUAGGGAGAUACUGGAAAUGCAAGAAGACGAGAAAUAGAAAUUCGACUGGGUCGAAUGUUACUAACAGGAGUAUAUGAAGGCUCAACUGAAGUGAGAUGUGUGAUUAAUAAUAUUUUCCCGUUACGGCCGAUUUAUGUUAACAAACUUGUUUGCUUUUUAGGACUUAUUUCCUUCUCGUAGGGGUAUAUUGUAUGUGGUGAUUUGGACAGUACUAGUACUUUUGAUAUUCUACAUCCAUAUCUGUACUUUGAACUUUAUGUAUAUUAUUUUUAUGUUGGCUUUUCAUUGCAUGCCAACUAUUAUGGAAUUGAGACAUCAACUUUUCCAAGAA